GUCUUCUUAUUUCCACCUCUCGCAGAAGCUUCAAUAUUCUAAUCCGACUCCAAUUCCGAGACGUUUUCUUCUCUCUUUAACAAAAAAGAAGAAGAAAAGGAAAGGAAAGGAAGAGAAAAAAAUGCAGCGACAAAAACAGAGAGGGUGAAAUUUCUAGGGUUUGAUGGAGGGCCCUGAACCCUCGGGCAACGGCGACGGUCCGAUCGGAGGGAAGAGGCGGGAAUCAGCAGAUCAGGUUCGCGUAAGGAGGGAGACGUUGCAGGCCGUUCUCGAGCAAUGCCAGAGAGCCCUCGAAUUGCUCAAGAACGCUGAUGAAGAUGGCGGCGGUGGCCACAACCUUCCGGAGGAGGUCGAUGAUGAUUCGUCCGCGUCAUCUGUGUCGUCUCAGUGCGGCAGCGGCGAGUCUGAAACCGCUGAGCUAUGCGAUCUUCUCAAGUCUAGAGUGGAAUCACCCAACUUUCUUGAAAAGCUUGGGAGCAUCCACAUGUCAAUUCCUCAGAAUGUGGCUGCAGAAGAAGGCAGCUCUUGGGAUGUGGUUAGCAAGACUGAUUGGGAUGAAGAUUCAGACAAAGAUGAUUAUGUUGUUGUUAAACAAGAAGAUAUAGUAGAGGGUAUUGCAUGCUUCAUGGCUGCAUAUCUAUUGUCACUAAAUCAAACUAAGGAAUUAACUCCCAUUCAACUCCAAGAAGCACUCAGCAAAACUUUCUCUGUAAAGAAGAGAAAGGGAAAACUUCGAAAGGCAUGGGAUGGAAGCAAAGUUAUUUACAAUGUUGCCUCUUGGGGCGCCACUGCUAUUGGGAUAUACCAAAAUCCAGCACUGUUUAGUGCAGCAUCGGCAGCCUUCUGGACAUCUUGUCGGGUUAUAUCGAAGCUCUUGUGAAUUCUUCCAACCACGCUGUUUCUGGAAAAUCUGCUUCUUGUGAUUUGUGGGUUACGUUUGGGUGAUGCGGGCUUCUUCCUCAAUGGAAUUCUUAAACAUGUAACAUUAUUAUUCCUUGGGGGAGUCCCAUUGUGGUCAAUUGAUUGUCAUCUCAAUUAAACCUCUCUCAAUGUGUAUAUAUACUUUCAUUCCUACGUGUUAUAUAUUCCCUCUCCA